AUGGAAGGUGAGUCCGUCUACAAGUACUACUUUCCUCGUUCCGAGAUGCUUAUAAAGUUGGAGUAUGUUACUGCACACACCGAGGUCGCCGACGACAAGUUCUGGGGAGGUAUCUCCAAGCCAGAAAAGCUCGUCUGGGAUAAUGUACCGUUGGCUGUACGAACCGAAAUCCGGAAGGGUGUGGAAUCCGACAUGAAAGGUGAUGUCACCGAGGUCCCCCUCGACCUCCUGGAAUGGCGUUACCGGCCGAUCCUGCGCGCCAAAUCAAUCAGGAGACCCGCCUGUGGUGACGCCACCCCCUCAGCCAGCAGAGCCGCCUGUGGCAGCCGCGCCACUUUCUUCGGCAGAUGCAUCGGAUCCCGCUCACCCACGCUCUUCGCCAUUUUGGGACCCUGUCGCGGCAGCAAGAGCGGAGAAUAG